UCUUAUAAAAGUAUCUGUAAUUUCUUUCAUUACCUUAUUGAGAAAUAUUUCUUUAAACUAAGCUUAGCAUUCAAUAACGAUGAAAUUUUUCUGUUUUUUACUAAUUUGUGCCUUAAGUAUGGCAUUGGCUAUGCCUCAAUAUCAACCUGAUACUAAAAAGUUGCCUCAAAUUACCACGAUUGGAAAUGGUUCUUUCAAGCAGGGUAAUGUCAAUUUUGAUGUCCGUCAACAACUUUGGCAAAGUCCCAAUCAACGUCAUUCUAUUCAUGGUACUGGUGGUUAUUCGAGAAAUUGGGGUGAACCUAAACCGAUAGAUAAUCAGAAGAACUAUCGCGUUGGUGUUGGUUACACUUACAGAUUUAAAGGCUGAUAUUGUAAAUGUUUUAAAAUUGUAGUUAAGUUUUAGAAUAAAUAGAAUUUAAGAUGUAAAAUAUAUAAACCUUAAUAAUUAAAAAAAAAUUAAUUGGUGAAGACGUCGUUAUUCGUAAGAUUGGCCACUUGUUCCCUAGCUAAUCAACACAGUUUUUCAGCUCAAUCUUCACUUAACUAACUAAA